AUGGCUUCUACCGGUUUUGCAUCCUCUGCCAAUGGCCGCACAAGUUGUAGUCGCAAUCCAGAAUGUGGCAAUAAUGGGGGACUUCAAUUGAAUACAAAAAAGAAGAAAUUGAUCAUUAAACCGUUCAAAGUGACACCUAAACUACCGGAAUCAUUUGAAGAGGACACGUGGAAGAAACUUGAGGCUGCUGUGCAUGCUGUACAUGAUAAACAGAUGUCUGAACUGAGUAGAGAAGAGCUCUAUCGAUCAGUUGAGGAUAUGUGCACGUGGAAAAUGGCAGCCAGAUUGUACACGAGAUUGGAAGAAACGUGUGCAAAGCAUCUUGAGGAGAAAGUAGAAAAUGUAAUGAAGUAUACUGAAGGAGAUUUGAAUUUGUUUCUGGAAGCUGUACACCAACUGUGGGAAGAUCACUGCGAAGAUAUGCUGGUAAUUCGCACGAUCUUUCUCUACUUGGAUCGUACGCAUGUAAUGCAGACGCCACACAUUGCGUCCAUUUGGGACAUGGGACUUAAUGUGAUGCGUGGUAAUUUAGUGCAACGUCAGAGCUUGGAGACAAAGUUGAUCGAUGCGUUGCUAAAUUUGGUGGAAUCCGAACGCAAGGGUGAGGCUAUCAAUCGCAGUUAUUUGUACAACUUGCUGCGAAUGCUGCUGUCCUUACAUUUGUACCACACAGACUUUGAGACGCCAUUUUUGAUGGCGUCAGAAAAAUUUUACUUACAAGAAGGAGCCACAACGAUUGAGUCGGCGAGUGUACCACAAUUUUUGGUGCAUGUUGAAAAUCGCUUACACGAAGAAACUGAGCGCGUGGUUAAUUACCUUGAUGCAUCGACUAAGAAGCAACUAAUUUUGGUGGUUGAGACAAAAAUGCUGAAGCCGCACGUGGCCACAUUGCUUGAGCGCGGAUUUGAAAAUUUGAUGGAAGAAAGCCGAAUUGAUGACUUGAAGCGGAUGUACAGACUUUUUGCUAGGGUUGAUGCAAUCAACGACAUCAAGAUAGCAUUCUCUAGUUACAUACAGAAGAACGUAUCUAAACUAGUAAUGGAUGAUAAACAAGAGAAGACUUUUGUGGAGAAGGUACUCAAACUAAAAUCUGACCUGGACACGGUACUAACGGACUCCUUCCAAUUGAACUCGGAUUUUUCAUUCGCCAUGAAGUCGGCGAUGGAGAAUGCAAUCAACGUGCGCGCAAAUCGACCUGCUGAGCUUGUGGCGAAGUUCGUUGACUCCAAGCUUCGAACGGGUAACAAGGGUGGUUCUGAGGCAGAAGUGGAGAGUUUGUUGGACCGUGUUAUGGUUAUAUUUCGGUACAUUCAAGGCAAAGACGUCUUCGAGGCGUUUUACAAGAAGGACCUUGCGAAGCGCUUGCUGGUUGGCAAGAGCGCUUCAUUUGAUUUAGAAAAGCUUAUGCUGUCUAAGUUAAAAACCGAGUGUGGCAGCUCAUUUACAAACAAACUUGAGGGUAUGUUCAAGGAUAUCGACCUUUCACAAAAUGUGAUGACUCAAUUCCAGCAACAUGCUGCGAGCAGAAAUGCUUUGGAGACUUUGCACGGAAAGCGUGGCGUCCCUGACAUGCAGGUCCAAGUUCUGACAACUGGAUUUUGGCCACCUUACGCGGCUGUUGAAGUCAAUUUGCCAGCUUCAUUGGUUCCUUUGAAGGAGAUCUUCGACAAAUUCUACUCGUCCAAGUAUCAAGGGCGCCAGCUGCAGUGGCAACACUCUCUCGCACAGUGUGUGGUGAAGGCUGCAUUUCCUUUAGGCAAAAAGGAGCUUGUGGUGUCGCUGUACCAGACGGUGGUCUUACUUUGUUUCAACGGAACGGAUUCAUUGGGUUAUAAGGAAAUUAAGGAACAGACGCGCAUUGAAGACGGCGAACUUCGACGAACGUUGCAAUCGCUGGCGUGUGGUAAAACGCGAGUGCUGCAGAAGAUACCCAAGGGCAAGGACGUGAAUGACGAUGAUUUGUUUGUAUACAAUGCCCAGUUUACAAAUCAAUUCAUUCGCAUCAAAAUUAACUCUAUUCAAAUGAAGGAGACCAAGAAGGAGAAUGAAGACACACAUGAGCGCGUAUUUCGGGAUCGCCAGUACCAAGUGGAUGCUGCGAUUGUGCGUAUCAUGAAGGCGCGCAAGAAGCUAUCGCACGCACUGCUAAUGACUGAGAUUUUCACGCAAGUGAAGUUCCCUGCAAAGGCUGCUGAUAUCAAACGCCGUAUUGAGAGUCUCAUUGACAGAGAAUACCUCGAGCGAGACUCGAGCAACGCCCAGAUGUACAACUAUUUAGCCUAA